UGCAUUGAUAUCGAGCAGUGGGAAAAACCGUGAAGCUGAAUGGAAUCGAGCGAGGUUCAUUCAUGAACACGUUCGACGCCACAUGAGGUCUACCUGCCUAAACGUGGGAAAGUUGCUCGCCUUACAAGGAUCAUUGCUCUGGCCAGGCUACGAUACACAGGCCACAGGUAAAAAGAGAUUGAAAGCGAGGAAAGGGAAAUUGGGCUGCUCGGCAAUUGCGUCGACUGGAUCUGGUGGGUUAUUUGUGUUUGUUGGGAGUUCCUUUUCAUGACAAAAGUCCCAAGUGGAAAAAGGCAAAUUUCCGGUUUUUUGCCCGCAUCUCGAAUUUCCCACGGCACAAAUCGAUUGGCCGAAAGUAUAAAACUCGGUCACAGGCUCUGUUCGGCAAUCAGUCGAGUCAACGACAGCACAGAGACAACAACACACAACAUAUCACGAUGUUCUACACAAUUCACAUUCUACUGAGCUUGGCCAGCAUGACGAUGUCAGCUCAUGUUGCGGAUCCUGGAAGUUACUAUCGCUACAGCACACAGUUUCAGGCGCCUCUAUCUUGGGACUCGCUUAUUGCCAGCAGUCUAGAGCGAGCCAUCGAAAGCUGUCAGCAGAGCUUCAAAUGGCAACGUUGGAAUUGCCCCAGCGUGGACUUCAUCAAGCGACACACUGCACCCAGCGAAGCGCUCAAAUUGAAUCGGGAGGAUGUCUAUGUGGCCAGCAUUGCCAUGGCCUCCAUUGUCCACACACUGACCACGGACUGUGCCAAUGGCGUCAUCGCUGGCUGCGGCUGCAAGGAUACACCCUGCGCCCAUGAUCCGGCCAAGGCUCUGCAGCUCUAUGAGCAGCACUUUGGUUUUGGCGUCGGUGCAUUUGGGCACAAUCAGCGCGUGGUGGGCGCUCUGCUGGAGCAGUCCAUGGAGCAGGAGUGUCAUUGCAAGCGGCAAGACGCACAGGGCAAGUGCCUGGAGGAGCAGUGCGUGCAGGUACUAAAGCCUUUCGACAUGGUGGCCCAGGAGUUGCAGCAGAUGUACGACGAAGCCAUACAACUGGACGGCACCACCAGCAAUCUCAAGAUCAUGUGGCAAAACAUUCCUCUCGACUCGCUCGUCUACAUGGAGGAUUCGCCCAACUACUGCGAGCCCGAAGCCAGCGGUCGCUGGCCAGGCACACGCGGACGCCAGUGCUCCAAGACUGGUGGCAACUCGAUGGAGGAGCGUCUCUCCUGCCAGCAGCUGUGUCGCGUCUGCGGCUUCCGUGUGCGAUCUCAGCAUGUUCGCCACGAGCGCAGAUGCAACUGCAAGCUGGUCUGGGGAUUUCGAUUGCAGUGCGAUGUCUGCGUGCAACUAGAGCGCCAAUACAGUUGCUACUAGGAGAGAGAGAGAGAGAGAGAGAGAGGAAGAGAGACUGAGCCAUUUGGGACGCUGGUUGAGCCACGCAACACUGCAACUUUAGAUCUAAGUUAAUUUAUUUGCACCCAAUUCUUAUUUAUUGCUUGCCAAAACAAGCGACUCCAAUAAAAAUAAAUCAUUU